AACAGCUAUCUAGUCAAACACUGGGAACAAAUGCCAGUGGAGGAAGCUCCAGCAUUAAACAUUAAUGUCAGUUAAUAUACAAAUCGUAACUCAUAGUCUCAUACUUUCUUGGCGCAGCGGCAAGUGCCCGAUUUGAAUGCAUAUUAAUUAGCUAGUACGCUGGGCCGUACAUUUUGUUCGGCCGUGCUUCGGACUCCUUAUACAGCCAUACUGGCUAUUUGUCCGGUUUAUUUUCCUGGGUUUUGAUAUUAAACCGUAUUAUGGUUUCUCUGAACGAAAUCCUGGGCUUUAUUCAGUCUGGUGCGAUGAUGCUGAGUUUGAUCAUAUCGGGCAUUGAAAAGAGCCAUAUGGUUGAGGAGAUCCAAGACAACAAAACCGGCUUGAUUCCCAGUAAGGAAGUGAAAGACCAAGACGCCGACGGACCCAUAAAGAAUAAUGUGUGCCAGACUGAAGCAUGCUCGCGCGCCGCGAAAGAUUUGUUGGCAUCCAUCGAUAAAACCGUUGACCCAUGCAAUGACUUCUUUGCAUACUCGUGUAACAACUGGAUAAAAUCCCACCCUUUGCCAGCUGAUAAAGCAUCAGUAUCAACAUUUUCUGUGUUGGGUGAUGUGCUGAAAACACAGCUUCUUGGUGUUUUAAAUGAAACUACGGAGCUCAAUCCGUCUAAAGCCAAAACAGCGGUUCGAAAAUUCUUCCAGCUCUGCGCAACAAACGAAGAUCAGCAGCAGUUUCAAACCGACGAACUGGAGCCUAUUUUAAUGGCACUUAAAAACGCCGUUUACGAGUGGCCGGCAGUUACAUCACGUCAGUGGAAUUACAGCGCAACCCAACCGCUUGCCGAUUAUUUACGCCGUUUAUCCAUCUACUACGCUGUACAUCCCUUGGUGGAUUUGUCGGUGAGUCCGUCUCUGGAGAAAUCAACGGAAAUGGCGGUUUAUCUGGGACUGAAUCACGGGUUUGGGAAAGACAUCAUCAACAGCACAACGAAAGCUGACCACAUUGAAGGAACCUUGUUGAUGAUAAACCGAGUGAUCAAAGCGCUUGUACAGCGCGGCAGUUCUCCGCAAACAAAUCUCAACCAAACCCGAAUCGGCAGUGACGCGCAAGGUGUUGUGGAAUGGAAGACUUUCCUGGCCAAUAUUUCCCAAGCCAACGUUAUUUUACGUAAUGCACAGUUAUCCUUUCGUAAAAUGACCAUCCAGCAGCUGGAGGCUGAUUACUUCUCAAAAUCUGCCUUCGCCAAGAAUUUCACAGCAUUUUUGCAGAGCGUGGUUACCGGUUACAACUCCACCUUCCAAAUCAACGGCCAGCUGUCGGUGUACGUCGAAAAUCCAGAAGCAUUCCGCCAACUCGACGAACGUUUACUGGGCAUGGAGAACAACGUUACCGCUCAGCGAAACCUGAUAAAUUACCUCGGAUGGACGUUGUUAUAUGAGUAUAACGACAUACUGCCUCGAGUUCUUCGAGAGUUUGUUGAAGCCUUCGAGCGGAAAAUAACCGGGAAGGCGCAGCAGCCACCGCGCUGGAAAGACUGCAUCGAUACGGCCGGCCAGUUGUUUUCCCAACCGUUGGGUGCACUGUACACGGAGAAAAUCGUUCCACAAGAAGCCCGCACACGCGUACAGCAGAUGGUGAAGGAUUUACGGGAGGCAUUCCGUGAGAUCAUUACCAAUACCACCUGGAUGCAGGCCGCAACGAGAGAUCAGGCGUUGGCAAAAUUGGGUAACAUGGAGGAGUACGAAUUGUAUCCGGACUUUUUUCUCGAUACAUCCCAGCUUGAUGCUGAUUAUAACGAGAUUAACUUGAACGCUUCGCUGCUCGAUCUGUCGGUCUAUGCCAGGACGAUGGAAAUGAGGAAGCAAAUCCGUUAUUUAGUGCAAGCUCCUUCUCGACGAGAGUUGAUUGAUCGAAUGGCCCCGACUGCUCAGGUCAAUGCGUUCUACGAACCAAGUACCAAUGCUUUAGCUAUAUUGGCGGGUAUAAGCCAGUCCCCGUUUUUCCAUCCCGACAUACCGGAUUAUGUCAACUACGCCCGUCUGGGUGCGGUUAUUGGUCAUGAAAUCACUCAUGGAUUCGACGAUACAGGCUCUACUUAUGACAAAGACGGCAACCUACAGAACUGGUGGACAACCGACGACCGACAAGCAUAUGACGACAGAGCAGCGGGAAUUGUCCAUCAGUACGACGCGUACCGCUCGGACGUUGGGAUGAAUAUAAACGGGAAUCUGACACAAGGCGAGAAUAUCGCUGAUAGCGGCGGAUUCAAGGCAGCACUUCUAGCGUACCGGAAGCGUACCCGGGAUAGGGGCCCGAUCAACUCCUGCCAGGAUUUGAAAGUGAAUCAAUCGAACAAGUGUUUUUCCUGUCAUUUGGCCAUAUUUGGUGUGGCAACUACCGGCCCGAAAUGCAAAAGCUUCUCUUGUUAAUGGACCCACACAGCCCCGUGAAAUUUCGUGCCAAUGGUGUGGCUGCUAACAGUCCAGAUUUUCCCCGUGUUUUCAAUUGCCAGGAAAAAGAUAAACUGGCUGUGGAUAAAGGAGUGUGGUGACAUAUACUUAAUAAA